GUGGAAUGUUGUCCGCCCGCCACAGUUCAAUUCUGAUUGUUGUUGUUAUAUUUAAAAUACGAUGUGAUGAAAUGGAAAACAGAGAAGAAACUAGUGCGCAGUGGUUGCAUAAUAUACCUACAUAAAUACAUAUACAAUGAUGACAUACAUGUAUUUGCAAGUACUUUAUAAUAUGCACAGCAUAUACCCGUACUGUUCGAAUAGAUGCAAUGAUCUAUUCAAUGUGUGUUUCCCAGUGCCUGAACCUGAACCUAACCCCUGAACCCAGCCCAUGCGUCUGUGACUUUAACAACCGGUUACUCAAAGCAAAUCAAAUGAGCUGAUCAUGCAUAUGUAUGAGUGUGUAUAUACAUAUAAUAUAUAUGAGUAGCAAUCGAACUUUUGCGCAUUCUGGAGAGAUUGUGCUUGUGUCUUGUUAUUCAGUCACUUAGCUACCGUGUGCCGAAGCUGAUGUACAUACAAUUAAGUGGACCCCAAAUGAAAAAAGUCUUGUAGUACUUCAAGAAAUUGUGCUAUUAAUUAAAUUAUGCAAAAUAAAGAUAUGCUGAAAACCUUAAGUUAAAAUCAUAUAGCACAUACUUCCACUUACUGUGCUUAAAUCAAAUAUGGCUGAGUUGUCAGUUGUCGAAAUGUGAAGUUGCCUUAUGAAAAUAUAAAUGAAUACAAUGUACCACUGCACCAUGUACCAAAAGUACAAUACGUGGCCCCAUUAAGACCAGCGGAAAAAAGGAAGAGAGAUCUUUCGAUAUAUAUAUAUAUUUUUUUUAAUAGUUCAAUUGUGUAUACCCUUUGAAUGUGUGUCUGUUGAAAGGAGCCCAAUAUAACCUCAAAAUGUAGCCUUAUUUAAAGCAUGAUCAAAUUGCUUAUAAUUGUUUAUAAUAUAUAAUAUUUAUGUGCCUAAAGCAACCAAGAGAAGUAUUAGGUUGCAUUGUGUCACUGUUGGGAACACAAAAAUAAAUAGUGCAAAUUUAAAUUAGAUGUUUGAGGUCUUCAAAGUCUACAUAGUGUCAAUUCUUCUUCUGAAAUAUAUGAAGUUUUAGUGUUCGAUAAUUAUAUGGCUAGAAAUAUUUAGCCAGUGUGACCAUAAUCGUAUAUAAUUCAAGUCUUUAAUUUCUAUAAAACCUCAACCUCAACGUUGCAGCUUAUGCUUUUUUUUUUUAUUUUGUUUUAAUUAUAAAGUGAAGCUCUUGUGUGAAAUAUAAAGUUGUAUUGAACUACUGUUGGGAACAAAAAUACAAAUAAACAGUGUGACCUUAGACUUAAAUGAUUGAAGUCUUCAAUUUCUAUAUAGCCUAAACGUUUGGAUACUUUGCAGCUUAUGCUAUUUUUUUUAUUUUUUAUUUUUUUAUUUUUGAAAUGAAGAUCUAGUGAUGGCUAUAUACCUAAAAAAACUAAGUGAAGUUAAGCCUAAACACGCAGUUAAAAUUCUGUCAAAUCAAGUAAUGAAUAGAACAAAACCUCGACUUCAAUUUCAGAUGACUGUGAAUGGAAUGAAUAUAAUCCAAAAUUGACUUAUGCAUGAAUAGCCCCAUAUACUAAGUAUUUGCUGGGCUGUGGAGCAUUAUGUUGAUUAGCAGAUGAUAUAUACACAUGAUUAUGAACCAGUUUAACUGUAUACACAUGACUAUGAACCAGUUCGACUAAUGCAUGAACAGCUUAACAUUCUGAGCUGUGGAGCAUUACGUUGAUCGGGUCAUUUCAAGUGAAUUAUGCAUGCUAUGCAAAUUGGGGCAAAGCCUGGAUCCAUUUGAGUUCUAUGUACUUUACUUUAGAAGGGAAUAUUCUAGAUUUAAGAAACGUUUGAAGGUGAUUUCAUCAGAAUAGGAAACCAUUUCCCAUUGCUGAUUCAUUGUAUCGCUCCAGACCAGAUGAAUAUAUUUCACCAUGUUGUGAAAUUGACAACAAAGCAAACCAAAAUGUGCCUAUAUACAUAUAUAUGUAGGGUAUAUAUAAGUAGGCGUGUGUGCGUGCAUGCGUGUGCAUGUAUGUGUAUGUAUAAGUAUUGUGCGUGUGUGUGGAGCGGGCUAUUUUUAUCGGCUGCAGCUCUCAGGUUUUUGCUGCGACGCAUUAACUGGCUCCCCACUGCUCCAAUGUCAGUCAAGCGUGCCCGCUCUCGUGCUCUCUCGCUCUCGCACUCUCUCUGUCUAUAUUUAUAUUUAUCUUUUUAUCUCCCUCUCUCUCUCUCGCUGGCGUUGCGUCGCUGCCAGCGUUAAACGUUUACAAACGUUGAACGGCACGUAUAAAAGUUGCCGGCCGGCGAGCGUCAACAUCAGUUAGAAGCUUGGAGCUUUGUGGAGCAGCCAAAGAGAGAGAGAGAGAGAGCCAACGAGAGAAAGGGCAUAAAAUACAAUAACAUCGCAGAAAAAAUUACAAUUGAAUAUUGUUUAUAAUUUUAACACAAUUUGAAAGAAUAAAGGCAGCGGAAAAUUUUUAACAAUGGCAGAGUUAGCUAAACGCAAUGAGACGCUGCUGGACGAGCCGACUGAGGUCGUAGAUUGCGACAUUGACUUCGAGGAUGUGGCAGAGCAGCCCCAAUCCUCGCAAGCGCCAGUGCAGAAGAGCGGCAAGCUAAUCAAGAAGGCCAUCAAGAAGGCGUAUAAGGCGCAGCGCAUGCUGCAGCAGGCCAUGGAUCAGCUGGCCGCUGAGCGUGCCAAGGACCAAAGAGCUCAGGUCAAGGAGGCCAAGAAGCUGAAGAAGCAGCAGAAGAAGCAGAACAAGAAGGCCAAGAAGCAGCAAAAGGAGCAGCAGGUUCAGCAGCCCAAUGAGAACAUGGAGCAGAAUGAGCAGCCACGUACGCGCUCUAACAGCGUCAGCUCCACGUCAAGCUCCUCGAGCUCAUCCAGCUCCUCGUCCAGCUCGUCGAGUAGCUCGGGUUCCGGCUCGGAGCAUAACUUUGGCCACCAUGGCUGCCAUGGCUGGGGCCGCAAAUGGGCUGGACGCCAUGGACAUCAUCAUGGCCGCAGAGAUCGUUCCAGAUCUCGUUCGCACAGCCGCUCCGAUGACCGCUGGCGCCGGCAUGGACAUCAUGGGCAUAGGCAUGGCCUUGGUCCCCAUCACUUCGGACCGCAUCACUUUGGACCGCAUCACUUUGGACCGCAUCACUUUGGACCGCAUCACUUUGGACCACAUCAUUUUAUGGCGCGUGGAGGCUUCGGUGGGUGCCCCUGGCCAGUGUGGGAACACCAGCAGUUUUUUCGGAACGGCGGCCUGCCGUGGGCCCUGGAGACGAGCACGGCAUGGCCGAGAAACCGAUCGAGAUCUAGGUCGCGUUCGGUUUCGCACGGCAGAGGUGGUGGACAUCACAGCAUUGGACACCAGCGAUCCGGACACGGACACGGACAUGGCCACAAGGGUCGUCACCAUGAGCGUCGAGUGAAUCGCUCUAGCUCCAGUUCGAGCUCCAGCUCUAGCCCAAGUUCCAGCUCCAGCUCUGGCUCCAGCACCAGCUCUGGCAGUGACAAGGAACGGGGUCUUCGACAUGGACACGGUCACCAUCGUGGCCCCUAUCAUUGGCCACAUCACGGUCCGCAUCAUGGUCCGCAUCACGGACCACAUCAUGGCCCGCAUCAUGGCCCACACCAUGGAAGACAACAUCAUCCUCAUCAUGGGCCUCAUCAUGGGCCUCAUCAUGGGCCUCAUCAUGGACGGCAUCAUGGGCCACAUCAUUGGCCACACCAUGGUCCUCAUUUUGGCCCAACAGCUGGCCCACCUGGACCUCCAGCUUUUGGCCCACCGCCCUGCGGUCGCCCCAGCCGCUCACGCUCGCGCUCCCCUUGCAAGGAUGGCAAAUCAGCUGAGCGUCCGGUGAGUCCUACACGCGAUACUUCGAAAUCUGGACAUCGCAAGCACGGCAAUCACGAGAAACACGGCAGGCACGACAAACAUGGAAAGCACGGAAAGCACGGCAAGCAUGGCAAGCAUGGAAAACAUGGUUGCGGCAAGGACAAGCACGGACCGAAUCGGGAAGGUUUCGCACAUGACGAAUUUGGUCCUUGGAAUAGAUUUUAUUGAAUUAACAAUGCCUUUAAUUUGGCAUUGAAUACAAUUUCUAUUUACAUUUCGCAUAUAUCAACAAUUUGUCUUCAAUCUAUACUCAAAAAAAAAAAAAAAAAACCUAACAAAAAAA